CACUUUCUCACUAUAAUAGUAAUAACCAUUGCCAAUUUAUUAUCACCUUCCUCCUCUUUCUUCCUUCUUCCAUAUUUAGCAUGCAACUCUCUUCUCUCUCUCUCUCUCUCUGGUCAACCCCCAAAUCUUUGGCAACAACAACAAAGAAUCAGAUUGGUAUCCAUUAUUACUAGGGAGGAAAAGUUUGAAAAUUUGAAAGAGGAAAAGGUUGCACUCUAAAAUCUAACUGCCCCAGAGAAUAAUCACAAGAUUUCUUGAUCGUUAGGGACUUAUUAUUAGAGGAUAUCAUAUUUUCCUUGGGAUUCGGUGUUGAAUGAGGAAUGAGGAUCAUUAAUGAUCUAAGGAUACAAAAGAUUGGAUUUUUGGUGAUAAAUUCUAUCUGGGAAUCGCCUUCUCAUUGAAGCCAGUAUCUUGGUAGAAUCAUCAAAUUGAAAUGAAAUGAUCCAUAGGCGUGCUUAUUGUGUUGGCCUUGGAAUUUAUCUCAGCAAUGAAUUUAAAGCUGCAAUAUAAUUUAUUGGUGAAAAGUGGAACUCUAGAGCAUGAUCUGUUUUGUAAAUAUUAUUAUAUAUAGAGAAAGGUUAGAUGGAUACAAAAGAAGAGGCUGAACCUCUUGAAGAUAAGGCCUCAUCCCCAAUUUUGCAGAAGAUAUCUGAGGGGUCAUUCAAAGUUGCAGGUGAAGCAUCAAAGAGUAUGUACUCUGGUGAUGCUGCCGGUGGCAGAGGCGGUGGUGAUGGUAAUGGUAAUGGUAACGGUGGUGGUGGCAGUGGCAGUGGUGGUAUUGGUGGGGUCGGUGUUGGAUCAAGAGUGCCACAAAAGAGGCCUAGUUUAUUACAUAGAAGAGCUCAAACUGAACUUUUUACCCAAGGGAUUCAACGUGUUGACAGCUUUCAGAAGUUGAAGGCUCAUGUUAACAAGGCUUUUCGAUGGGGAAACAGAUUCCGCGAACCAGAUUCCCCAUCAUCAGACUCCCCGUCGCAUUUGAGCCUCGAGGUCAUGGCGAACCAGAAACGGCAGUGGUAUCAGCUUCAUCCCAAAUCUAUGGAUUGUGUAAACUAUAAGGAGCCAACCACGCUUUUUGAACAUUUUGUGAUUGUGGGGCUGCAUCCUGAUACUAACUUGGAUGCUGUGGAGCAUGCAUUUGCUAGAAGGAAACGAUGGCAAAUAGAGAAAGAAAAAUCUGAAUAUGUAGAUUACAAAAUGCCAAAGCCCGACACAACUUUGGAACCACAGAUACUUUUCAAAUAUCCUCUUGGAAAGAAGCUAACAGUACCACGGAAGGAGUUAUGCUCCUUUUGCUUUCCUGAAGGUGUAAAGGCAUCAAUGUUGGAGAGGACUCCAUCUCUAAGUGAAUUAAAUGAACUUGUCUAUGGACAGGAACAUUUAGGCAGAGAUGAUCUAUCAUUUAUCUUUACACUCAAGGCAGCAGACAGUGCAACACUUUAUGGAGUUUGUUUACAUGUGCCUGAAAUUGUUCAGAGGCCCCCUGGUAUCCUAGACAUGUAUUGUCCUCCAUCGCCCCGUCCAUUCAGCAGCCGGUUUCUGGUUUCUGCACCACGCUGUUACUGUUUGCUGACUAAAGUUCCUUUCUUUGAGUUACACUUUGAAAUGUUAUACAGUCUCAUUGCACAGGAGCGUCUGAACCGGAUAACUCAGUUUGUAAAUGAGUUGAAUCUUACUGGAGGCAUUCCCACGUCGAAGCCAGAUGAUCAAGUGAGCUUACAUGUUGAGUGCCCAGAGACAGAAUCAUUUAGUGACUGGAUGUCUUUUGCAAUACCUGUUGAAGGAGCAGCAGUAAUUACUGCUGCUGCUGCUGGGAUUUUAUCAGAUGACGAAGUGAUACAAUUAUCACCAAAAAUAUGGGAAUCUCCGAAAAUAUGGGAAUCUCCGAAAAGAUGGGAUUCUUGCUCUCAAUCUCCUGCAAGUAUGACUGCAAGUGAUGCUUCAGAGUUUUUCCUGGCUAGAGAUAUCGAAAAGGAUGGCAGGAAGAAUAUCCAAGGUCAUGAUAAUUGUGCUGUUGAGACAACAGAAAUUCAUGAUUCUACAGAAAGAACACAGGGGAAUGGUGAAAGUGAUCAACUUUCUCCCAAGUUUGGAACACCUUUUAGUGCUAGGAGUUGUGAAUUAGAGCGGCUUGAAAGUUUGGACUCACUAGCCAGCAGUACAGCUAAAAGUGUGGUUUGGGAAGAUGAUGAUGAUCUUUUUGCAAACAAUGAAAGAGACUAUGGGGAUGGCUUCUUAAUCGAAUUUCCUACGGAGAAGAAGAAUGAUUUGCUACAGAUAGUGCAUCGAUAUCAUUCACAUUGUAUUCCACCUCGAGGAACCGAAUUUAUCUUCCAUCCACUUGAACAUCUACAAGCUAUUCAAUAUAUAAGACAUUCAGUUGAGGUCCUUGGCUUUAGCAAUAGUUUAAAUUCCUCUGAACCUGCUCAGGCCAAGGCAAAGUUGGCUGCUGCCGAGGAAGCCUUUGCAUUAUCAAUUUGGACGACUGCAACUACUUGUCGAGUUCUGUCCCUUGAAUCUAUGCUGUCAUUAUUUACUGGAGUGUUAUUGGAAAAACAGGUGGUAGUAGUGUGCCCCAAUCUGGGUGUUCUAUCUGCCAUAGUGCUAUGUCUUAUUCCAAUGAUUCGUCCAUUUCAAUGGCAGAGUUUAUUUCUACCUGUUUUACCUGGAUCAAUGCUUGAUUUUCUUGAUGCACCUGUUCCAUAUAUUGUUGGCAUACAGCGUAUGCCGGAUGAUUCGCAUAUGAAAACUAAUAACCUUGUUCUUGUUAAUGCAACGAAGAAUCAGGUUAAAAUGUGUCAAUUGCCAAAACUUCCACAGUAUAGAGAACUUUACUCGCAGUUGAGUCCAAUUCAUGCCAAACUUAAAAACGAAAGUUCGCAUGCUAAAAGACAUCCUAUACAUAGGUGCAAUGAAGCUCAGGCUAAAGCUGCAACUCAGUUUUUGAAUGUAGUUUGGCACUAUUUGGAGUCACUGUGUUCAGAUCUAAAAUCUCAUACAAUAACUAGUGUACAAUCGAAUAACGACCGGGUAAGGUUUCUUUACUUCUUAAGGAGACAUUCAUUGAUUCAUUUCCUAAUAGGGACCAGCUAUUCAUGAAGCUAUUUGUAGAUACACAACUGUUCAGUGUUUUAUCAGAUUCUCGUAUAUCAAGUUUUGAGAGAGGUCAGUUAUAGCCACAUUAAUUUAUAUAGGAACACAAAGGUGGAGUGGAACAUAUGCUUCUUAACCCUUACUGGUGAAGGUGAACUAACUUAAGUGCACAUGAAAUUUUGCUAAUCAAAGAAUCCAAUGUAUUUUUUUUUCUUUGGGAAUGACAAAACAUUGAUAUGGGGUGUUCAUGGUUAAUGAGAUUUGUAUUAUGCUCGAUACAAAAGGGAUGCAAUGAAGCCCUGUAUGCCUACACCGCUGAUUAUGCUGACCCUAGAGGAGAGAAUCAGAAUCAAGGUCCCUAUUUUUUUUUUUUUUGUUGAGGGAUAUAUGGAUAUUGUUAAAUCAAGGUUCUCCAGUGCAUGUGUACAGUACUACAGUAUAAGAUAUCAUGCAUAUAAAUAUUAUUUUUAU